AUGCCACCGAAACCGAAAGCGAGCAGCGGCGGCGCCGCCGGCCGGCCCCCAGGCCAGUUCAUGUUCGUCGGCGGACCCACGCUGAACGAGCAGGCGGGCAAUCCGGGGGUGCGGUCGACGCUGCUAAGGAGGAUUUUGGCGGAUAAGAAGGCGAAGAGGAGGGAGGAUGCAGCGACGAGGUUGGACUCGAUGUUGAAGAAUCAGGAUAAGGGUCCACGGUCAGGGUCAGGGACAGGAUCAGCCCUACCUAUAUGCAGAUGUGGCUCGAUCGUGGAGCUCGGACGGAGCGCUGGGUCUGAGCUUGAUUCGCCGGGGGCGAGUCAGACGACAGUGACGGCACCUGCUGCAGGCGCAAACUCCCGCUUACCGGCACUUCGCCCGAAGGAGAGUCUGCAGCGUACCCAGAGUGGUGGUGCCCUGCAGGCGCAACGCCUCCCGGAUCGCUGUCCGGCUUGUGGAGGGACCGUUGUCGCGGCUCCUGCGGCUGUCAGAGUCAGCAAUGACCAAGCGGUGCCCGUGCUCCCCAGUCCCCAGGCCCUGGUUGCAGGACGCAAGGACCCGCUUGUCCCGGUAGAUGCCACGGCAUCCCGGCACAAGGUGCACGAGCUGCUGGACUACAUGACCACGGCGCUCUGGCCGCAUUUCCGGGCCGGCGACUAUGCGGUUAAUUGCUACAAAGCGUGGGUGUUUGCGUGGAAUGACCCGAAUGAGCUUAUCAAGUAUACUAUCCUCUGGAGUGCGUCGUUUCACCGGGAUAUAGUGCGCGUUACGUAUGGGGCUGCGGAGCCGCUGUUGGAGUCAAAGGAGCAGCUCGAGCUGAAGACUCUUGCUCUGCGCGCGCUGCGGAAGGAGGUCGGGAAAAUGGCAGAUGGCAGAUCACCCGAUGCGAUGGUCAAGUGCAUCCUCUACCUGGCGGUUAACGACAGGCAGAUGACGAAAAUCGACCGGGAUCCCAGCCCGUUCAAGCCAGGCUUCACGAACCUACAUGCGUUGGACUUUUACGGAUCCCGGGAGUACCACCCACUGCAUUGGAAGGUUGUGCAGGACAUUGUGGCGCGCUAUGGGGGGAUCCAGAGCCUGCAGAUGUAUGCCCUGGCUUGGCUGCUCUGCUUGUCUGAUCUGAUGAGCGCCGUACAAACUUUAAAUAAACCCGUUUACCCGAUCGUUGACGUCGAGGGGAAGCCGUUGGAUCUGCAGCCGCCGAGCUUGCUGUUCAAAGGUCUGGUUCAAGACACGGCCGGGACCGGGUUCCACGAUCUCUUCUAUCUUUGGCCGCCUGUGAAACAGGAGAUUGCUUCUGUUUUUAUCCAUCUCGGACAGUACUCCAGUGUCCUGCAGCACUACUCGGAGUCAGGAGAGACAUGUAGUCCGGCGGUGUUGGAUUUGCUAGGCGAUAGCCGGAACCUAAUCCACCACCGCCUGCUCUCGCUGCCAGAUGAAAAUGACCCCAUCGAAGCGAUCAUCGAGUGUAAGGGACAGACAGCGGCUGAGCCUGAAGCUGAUCUGCUGCGGGAGAUCUACCUGACCGUUCGCCUGAGCGCGAUUCUGUAUGCAGUGCACGUCACUUUCCCCAUUCCCCGCUCUCAACGCCUUAGACAAGCACUCCUCGAAGCAUUAUACCCUCGCUUCGACCUUCUGAAGGCGCAGGAUGUCUCGCAACCUUUGAUCCUCUGGUGCGUGGCUGUAGCAAUGAGCAUGCAGGAUGAGAAUCCUCCAAGCCCGCUAGUCUCAUACAUGGCCCGUCUGUCUCAGGAUGCAGGGGCGGACAAUCUCGACAAGCUUGUGGCGCUCCUUUCAUCGUUUGCCUGGGUGGAUGCGGCCGUGCAGCCUACCGUGAUAGGAAAUUUCAAACGAGUCGUCCCGUUAUAG